UGCCGGAGCCCCCCCGAUCCCUGCGGAGCCCCCCCCGGAGCAGCCCUGACCCCCCAUAGGGGGGUGCCCUAUAGGGUGCCCCCAUUGGUGCUCUAUGGGGCGGGGAUGCCCCCUAUGGCUUUAAUAAAGGAUGGAGGAGAGGCCGCCGCCAUGACCAAGGACAGCGGGGACCCCCCCGAGGGGGGGGGGGCGGCACCGGAGCCCCCCCCGGAGCCCACAUCCGGGGACCCCCCCCCGGACCCCCCCCGCAGGAGGCCCAUGGUACAUCCCGCUGCGCCUGCGCCGCUGCCCAAGGACUACGCAUUCACGUUCUUUGACCCCAACGAUGCCGCGUGCCGGGAGAUCCUACAGGACCCCAGUACCUCAGUCCCACAGCUCUUUGCCAUCCUGCGCCAGUGGGUGCCCCAGGUGCAGCACAACGUGGACCUCAUCGGGAACGAGAUCCUGCGCCGUGGCUGCCACGUGAACGACCGGGACGGGCUGACGGACAUGACCCUGCUGCACUAUGCCUGCAAGGCUGGGGCCCAUGGCGUGGGUGACCCUGCGGCCGCCGUGCGCCUGUCCACGCGGCUGCUGGCGCUGGGGGGGGACGUGACCCUGCGCAGCCGCUGGACCCACAUGAACGCUCUGCACUAUGCAGCUUACUUCGAUGUGCCAGAGCUCAUCCGCACCCUGCUGAGGGCAGCGGCACCCAGAGUGCUGCACUCCACCUGCAGUGACUUCAGCCAUGGCACCGCUCUGCACAUCGCAGCCUCCAACCUGUGCCUGGGCUCCGUGCGCUGCCUGCUGGAGCAUGGGGCUGAUCCUGCAAUGAGGAACAGCAAGGGGCAGGUGGCUGCAGAGGUGGUUCCAGACCCCACGGACAUGGCCCUGGACAAGGCAGAGGCUGCACUGGUGGCUCGGGAGCUGCGGCGGCUGCUGGAGGAGGCUGUUCCCUUGAGCUGUUCCCUGCCCAGGGUCACCCUCCCCAACUAUGACAACCUGCCUGGGAACAGUGUCCUGCUGAGCAUGGGGCUGGCGCUGGGGGACAGAGUGAGCCUGCCUGGGGGCAAGGUGGGGACCCUUCGGUUCUGUGGCACCACAGCCUUCGCCAGUGGGCAAUGGGCAGGGGUGGAGCUGGAUGAGCCCGAGGGCAAGAACGACGGCAGCGUGGGGGGGGUGAGGUACUUCAUCUGCCCCCCAAAGCAGGGCAUCUUCGCCUCCGUCUCCAAGAUCUCCAAGGCUGAGGAGCAGCCUCCGGCUCCGUCCCCCCCCCACAGCCCCCCCGAGGCCCCGGCCCGAGGAUCACACAGGUCCCGCAAGGACAAGAGAGGGCACCGGAAGAGGGGCGGGGCCUGGCUGGACCGCGAGGGCAGGCGCGUGGCGCCCGGGGACAUGGUGCUGGUGGCCGGACAGAGACAGGGACGGGCUCGGUUCUAUGGGAGGACUGACUUCGCUCCCGGGUACUGGUUUGGGGUGGAACUGGACUCAGCAGGGGGCAAACACGAUGGCUCCGUUUUUGGGGUGCGCUACUUCUCCUGCCCCCCCAAACAUGGCGUCUUCGCCCCCCCCUCCCGCGUGCAGAGGGUUGGGGGUCCCCGGGAGGAGCCAGGGGACACUGCCCCAGAGAAGAAGGUGCAGCAGGUGACAGCACGAGGAGCACCUGCUGCUGAUUGGCUGGCAGGCUGGAAGCCUGCUGAUUGGCCAGUGGUGGGAGAACCGAGCGCUGAUUGCACAGUCUCUCAGCCCAAGCACAACUUCCCGGCCGUGCGGACCCCCAAGGACAUCACCUCCGAGAGCUCCUUCUCCAGGUUACUCUUCUGCUGCUGGUUCCCUUGGAUGCUUCGGGCCGAGAUGCAGUCGUAACCCCCCCCCCAUUGC